AUGGGCUUCGAUUGUGCCAUCUACUCGUACUCCACGGUUCAGGUCCCUUUGAGGGGGGCCUUGAUUCACCCCACUUUAGCCGAGGCGGGGCAAAUCCUUAUCGAUAACAGGUUCCCUCCCCCUCCGAAACUGAUCAUUCUUCUACAUAGCGGCCCUUUUCCUCUUUCGCCUUCUUUCAUCUAUUGGCCAUCUCUACCCCCAUUCGGUGUUAUCCCCCUGAAAGUACCCCCCUAUCGACCAAGCAACACCUGCCAGAAGAUCAUCGAAAUGGGAAAAAAGAGAGUUCUCUGCACCUACGGGAUUGAUAUCGAUGCCGUUGCGGGGUGGCUGGGUUCUUAUGGUGGAGAAGAUAGCACGAGCGACAUUUCUCGCGGAAUGUUUGCCGGAACAAUUGGUGUCAGACGACUCCUGAAGUUGUUCGAGAAGUACAAUAUGAAGACCACAUGGUUUAUUCCCGGUCAUUCCCUAGAAACAUUUCCGGAGGAAUGCGCUAUGGUGCGAGAUGCUGGACAUGAAAUCGGACUUCACGGCUAUUCCCACGAAAACCCGGUCAACAUGACCUGGGAACAACAGCGGGAUGUUUUGGACAAAUCAUACCGUCUGUUGACCGACUUCUGCGGAAAGCCUCCAAGAGGGAACGUCGUUCCAUGGUGGGAGUGCUCCGAAGAAGGCACCGAACUGAUGCUCAAGUACGGAAUUGAAUACGAUCACUCCAUGUCGCAUCACGAUUGCCAGCCCUACUACCUCCGCAGGGGAGAUAAAUGGACGAAGAUUGAUUACUCAAAGAAAGCCGAAGAAUGGAUGAAGCCGCUCGAAAAGGGGCAGGAGAGUGGUCUUGUUGAGAUUCCGGGAAGUUGGUACAUCGAUGAUCUCCCGCCCAUGAUGUUCAUCAAGAAUAACGCCAACUCUCACGGGUGGGUCAACCCUAGGGAUAUCGAAGAUAUCUGGCGUGAUCACUUUGAUUACUUCUACCGAGAGUACGAUGAGUUCAUCUUCCCGAUUACAAUUCACCCAGACGUAUCUGGCCGCCCACAUGUGUUGCUUAUGCACGAGCGUUUGAUUGAGCAUAUCAACAAGCAUGAGGGUGUGGAGUGGGUCACCAUGGAGUAUAUCUGCGAUGACUUCAAGAAGAAGAACCCUUAUCCCGCCGGAGCCUUACUCCCGAGUCCUCCGGGGGAGAUCCUGACAAAGAGUAAGGAGCAGGUGGAGAAGGAGAUUGAAUAUAAGGGCGAUGAGAAGGUCUAG